AUGGGCAUCCUAGAUGCUAAUGAGUUCGAUCGAAUGGAGGAGCUAAAGGACUUCGACGACACGAAAACCGGCGUCAAGGGCCUCGUCGACACUGGGAUAACGAAAAUGCCGAACAUCUUCAUCAGACCAGCCGAUGAGCUCGCCGAGGACGACAUCAGUUUUUCUUUAGGCGACGUCCAUCUUCUGGUCAUCAACCUUAGCCUAAUUCAAUCGCUCGAGAGGCGCAAAGCGAUCGUUGACGAAGUCAAGGCCAUGUCGAGCGAGUGGGGGUUCUUCUGGCUGGUCAAUCACGGGGUCCCUCGAGGCCUGAUGGAGGACAUGCUGGAGGGGAUCCGACAGUUCAACGAGGGCAACCUUGAGGAGAAGAAGCGGCUCUACUCGCGAGACACAACGAGGAACGUGAUAUACUAUUCCAACUUCAGCUUGUACCACUCGCGGAGUGCGAGCUGGAGGGACACCUUCGCCAUGUCGUCACAGGUGUCCGACCCGCUCGAGGUCCCAGCCGCUUGCAGGGAGGCAACAUUGGAGUACAUGAAGCAUAUGAGAGAGCUUGGAGAUUUGCUCUUGGAGUUGCUGUCUGAAGCUCUAGGGCUCAAGCCACAGCAUUUGAUAGAGAUGGAGUGUGGCAAAAAACACAACUUUGUGUGCCAUUAUCAUCCACCAUGUCCAGAGCCAGAGCUGACUUGGGGAGCAAGAAAGCACAGAGACCCCUUUUUCUUGACUGUGCUCUUGCAGGACCAAGUUGGUGGCCUCCAAGUCUUGCACCAAGAUCACUGGCUUGAUGUCAAGCCUGUUCCUGGGAGCUUUGUGGUCAACAUUGGGGACUUUCUUCAGAUCAUAUCGAACAACAAAUUCAGGAGCGUAGAGCACCGGGUACAAGCGAGUCGAGUGGGCCCGAGAGUUUCAGUGGCCUGCUUCAUCACUGCAGGAUCGGGCCCAUUGGAGAAGGUCUUCGGCCCAAUCAAUGAGCUCGUGUCUGAAGAAAGCCCUCCUUUAUACAGAGAUUUUCGACCAAGUGAAUAUGCUUCCUUGAACUACCCAAUCAGCAACUCUGUUGGACUCUCUAUUAACAUGGGCUAA